CCUGGUUACUCUGAUGAAUUAACUAAUGAUGAUGAUGAAAUUCUUUUAAAUAAUUUGAUUCAUCCAAAUGCAUCAAAUACUUUACAAAGUAAUACAUUAUCUUACCUAAUGCUUGAUAAUCAAAAUUCGGAUAACGCAUUAUCCGAUUAUGUCGACCCUCCAUUGCCAAAUUUACCUGUUAAUUUAAAGCCAAUUCCUGAAGAUAUAUCAUCAUCAUUAUUCGAAAGAUAUUUUAAAUAUGUACAUCCAUAUCUUCCUAUUAUUAAUCAUGGAAAUUUCUAUCGCUUGUUGAAAAAUGUGAAUGAUGAAAAUCAACCUUCAAAAUUAUUACUCCAAGUUAUUAUGGCUGUUGGUGCAAUGUUUCCACCCACUGUAAAACAGAAUAGCGAAUAUAGUUCUCAAUUUUUUUAUGACCGAGCGAGAAGAUUGUUGGAUUAUUUUAUUGACGUUCCUAGAUUAUCAACAAUUCAAGCGUUAAUAUUACUUUAUAUGGUUGAUCAAGGCAAACCUUCUUCAUAUCGUUCCCAAACAUAUUCUUCCAUUGCGAUUAAAAUGGCUCAAACUAUUGAAUUAAAUCGUAAAAAUGGCGCAGCAUAUCAAGGUGCAAAAGAUCGUCAAACUAAAAAACUAGUUUGGUGGGGCUGUUUCAUUCUUGAUAGAUUAAAUUCACUUAACACUGGGGAUCCAUUAGUUAUUAAUGAUAAAAUGUGUGAUAUUGAUCUUCCUUCUCCAGAUGAAAUUGAUCAAGAUGAUAUAAAUUUUCAAAAUAAUGAGGGUAGCUCAAGUUCUACUUCUUAUUCUAAUAGUUCUAAUUAUAAACAACAAAUAAAUAUUUUUAUUAGUUAUAUUCGUAUUGCGAAACUUACCGGACAAAUUUUGGAACAUCUACAAACAGUUUCUUGUGCUGGAUUACAAGCUUCAUGGAAUCAUCACGCUACUAUAGAUAUUUUUGAAUCUUUAUUAUCUGAAUGGUCUAGAGAAUUACCUCCAUAUUUAAAUUAUGCUCCUUCAUCACAAAAUAUUCCUUCCCCACAUAAUUUACCUGGUCAUGUCGCAUCUUUACAUAUGCUUCAUCAAACUUUAUAUUUAUUAUUGCAUUAUCCAUACGUUGCCGAGUAUGAUAAAUUAAGAAGAGGAGAUCGAAAUUUUAGAACUAGUAGAACUUUUAUAAAGAGUAUGAAUAUUUGUAAUACUGCGGCGAAUAAAAUAACUAAUAUCGGAGUCGAAGCAUUGGAUGUUCAUUCUUGCGUAUCUUUCCCAGCAAUGUUUUAUUGUCUUUGCAAAGCAGCAAAAGUUCAUUCGAUAAAUAUAACAUCUCCACAAAGAGGUUUAGCGAUUAAUUCAUAUAAAAAUGUAAUUAAAACCGUCAAAAUUUGUCAAUUCUAUAGACAAAAUAAUAUAAUGAAAGAAUUGGUACAAAAAACAACUUCUUUACUUGAAAGUACUUUGAUAAAAUAUCAAGAUAAAUUUAGUCAUGAAGAAAUUUUUGGUAUCACACCAAGUGGAGAAAUCGUUAAUCCUGAUGGGUUGGAUUUAACCUUAAGUUCUUUUGGUUUAAGUAAUCUUGGUUUAGGAAAUUCUUCCUCACUUCCUCAGAUUAAAAUAACUUCUGAACCUUGCUCGAUUGAAAGUGUAAAUAACAUGAAAUCAACCAAUUCAGUUCAAUCAAUUGUACCACAAAAGAGAAAUGAACCUUCUUCAAAUCAAAUUCAACAAUCAAGUCCUUAUAUUCAAGGAGAUAAUGGAGGGAAUCAACAAUUCGUUCCCGUAAAUAUUACAUCUGCCGAAUCAUUAUUCACGGAUCCAUUUGCUGCGCAAAUGCAACAAUCUCAGAUGAAUACUUCAAGUGGACAAAUUUGGGACAUAUUUAGUGAUAAUUCUUCAUACGAUCACAUUACACCUACAUCAUCAGCCAAUCAAACUCCUUCAAUAGUUUCUUCUUCAGCAAGUUAUUUACAACCUCAACGAACACAAUCACUCCCUAGUUCCACAUCUUCUAUGAAUCUAAAUACCUUUAAAUCACAUUCUUUAUCAUCGCAUUCUCGUUCAAAUCAGUCACUUAAACCCAUCACUCAAGAAAUUUUUACCACCUCACCAAGUUCAUCACCUAUCUCUCCUACCUUACAGCAAUCGCAAAGGUAUGUUUUCACGGACAUAAAUGAUAGCAAUGUCAAUUCAUUUACUUCCGAAAAUAACAAUGAUUGUGUUAUUUUAGAAGAAAAUGAAUCGUCUUUAAUAUAUGAUGAUGAUAAUAGCCGUAUAUCUUUUAAUUAUAGCAGUUCAACCACACCGAUUGAAACCACUUUUAAUUUUUUCAAUAACAUCCCCACAACUACUCCGACUUCUUCACGUUCAAGAUCGAGAAUGUCAUCUCCAUUUUCUUCUUCAUCUUCGUCUUCAUCAUCUUCAUUUUCGGAAAAAGAAAAAGAAAUUAACGCAUUAUAUUUUGAUAAUCAAAACGACGAAUCAUCGAUUAAUUUAUUAGAAAAAAUAAGAGUAACUUCACCUACCGAUAUUGAUACUUCAAUAUACGAUACCGAUUAUGAUCAAUUUGAAUCAAAUAACGUUACAAUGAUGGAUAUCGGUAGUUUUAGAAGUUUUGAGGAAUAUGAAAUAUGCUAAAAGAAUAUGAGAAAUGACAAUACAGGAAUUGGCAUAAUUUUGUUAAAACUUUAUUUUAUGUAUAUAUAGAUUUAAUAUGAUUACCUAUGUUUAUUUUCACAUUUGUAUAAACUUAGAAUUGGCAAAAAAAAUUGGCAUUUUUUUUUUUUUUACGAACGAAAUAAUUUAAGAAUUUAUUCACAUACAUUUUUCUUUCUUGCACAUACAAUAGAAUUUUUUUUUUUU